AUGCCUCACAAACACAAGAGACGCGGCGAAGCCGAUAAAGAGCACUUCGAUCUCCCACCCUCAGAAAUCGCGAAAGCACUUCCAGUCCGCGAUGCAGUCAAACCUAAGCUAGGCAAAAACGGCAAAAAGCUCGUCAACAAGAAAGAUCAGAGCCAGAGUGCCAACAAAGCACCCACCCACCGCAGCAAGAAUGUCACUGAAGACGACACUCCAAAAGCAUUCCGCCGCUUAAUGAUGUACCAGCAGACCGGUCGACGGGCGCCAUCGGGGCUAGAGACUGGCGAGCGUCCGAAGAAGCGCAAGCGCAAUGCCACAGAAGACGAAACAACGUCGUCGAAGAAAUCCGCUCAGGCAGCGGAAAUGCAAAAGGCCAAAGCUGCCGCCGCGGCCGCCAAGGAAAAGGCCGAAAUGCCCAAAAUCAUGCCCGGCGAGCGUCUGGCCGAGUUCGUAGCUCGCGUUGACCGCGAAAUGCCAUUGUCGCAGAUGACCAAGACAGUCAAGUCAGGGGAUGCCAAGAACAAGGAGCAGCACAAAAAGACGAAGCAUGAGAAGCACCUGCUGCGACUGCAGAAAGGGUGGCGUGAGGAAGAUGCUAAGAUCCGGGAGAGGGAGCAGGAGGAGCGAGAGGAGCGUGAGAACGAGAUGGAGGAUGAGUUGAGGCAGUGGAAGGAGUGGGAGAUUGAGGCUGCUGGGGGAAAGAAGAAGGCCGCGAAGAAAAACAAGAAGAAGAAUGCCAAUGGGGGUGAUGAUAGUGAGGACGAUGAUCCCGAUCCUUGGGCGAAGCUGAAGAAGCGUGACGAGGAGCGGAAGAAGAAUCCAUUGGAGGUUGCGAAGGCGCCGCCCCAGUUGGUUAAACCCCGGGAGAUCUUUAAGGUGCGUGGUGGAGCUAAGGUCGAUGUUGCCAAUGUGCCUGCUUCGGUUGGAAGUUUGAGACGUCGUGAGGAGUUGGCUGGUGAGCGGAGGAAUAUUGUUGAGGAAUACCGGAAGUUGAUGGCCGCCAGGCGGCAGUGA